UUUCUUUUCCUUAAAUAUUUAUCCACAAUGAAUUUAUCAUUAAUUACGUCUUAAUAGUGCUCAAACUAACGCAAAUAUAAUAAUGACAUUUUAUAAAAUAUAUAUUUUUGUAGUUUAAUUAAGUUUUCAAUUGUGAAUAAAAGCUUAACUUCUUUAUUAUUGAUCUUCACCCACAUCUCUCCAUCUCCCAAGAAAUUAAAGCUUGUUUGUCAUGGCAAAGGAAAAAAAGGUUGGCAAGUCUAUUCUUCAAAGUGAUGCCCUUUUGGAGUAUAUUUUGAAAACAAGUGCUUAUCCAAAGGAGCAUGAGCAACUUGCAGAAAUAAGAAAGGUCACGGUCCAAAAAUAUCCAUUCUUGUGCAUAAUGAACGUUUCAAUUGAUGAAGCACAGUUCAUAUCGUUGUUAUUGAAGCUAAUGAAUGCAAAGAAAACAAUUGAGCUUGGUGUUUUUACUGGCUACUCCCUUUUGACUACUGCCCUUGCUUUACCAGAGGAUGGAAAGAUUACGAGUAUUGACAUUGAUAAAGAAGCAUAUGAAUGUGGGCUACCGUGCAUUAAAAAGGCAGGGGUAGAAUAUAAAAUCAAUUUUAUUCAGUCAGACGGAAUUACGGCAUUGAAUAGUAUCAUUGACAAUGGAAAAGAGGGAGGAAGCUAUGAUUUUGCAUUCGUAGAUGCAGACAAAGAAAACUACGUAAAAUAUCAUGAGAAAUUGCUGAAAUUGGUGAAAAUUGGAGGACUAAUUGCAUAUGACAAUACACUAUGGUUCGGUUCUGUGGCCCAUAGUGAAAAGGACCCGUAUCCAAUACCCAAAUGGAUAAGGAUCCAUCAGCCUACUUUGCUUAAAUUCAAUGAAUUCUUAGCUAAUGACACCCGAGUUGAGUCCACCAUUUUAUCCCUUGGUGAUGGUCUCACUCUUUGUAGACGUCUCAAAUAGGCUCACUUUCUUUUUUUUGGAUUUUAUCCUUUGGCGAUGGUCACUUUUUUUUGUGUCAAUUGAAAAGUAAGGAUGGCUUUUAGAAAAAUUGUUAGAUUUGAUUCUCAACUAAUAUUUUUUUUUUAGUCUAUCCUAUAAUAAAAAAUAAUAGAUUAAUAUAUUAUAGAUUCACUGUUAGCUAGUUGUAUAUUAGUUGGUAAUUUCAAUAGUAGCUCUCUAGCUUCUUUCUUAAAAGUCAGCUUUUCAACUACUAUAAAAGUCAUAUAUGCUAUAAAUUCUU